AUGGCUACACAAUCAACUCCCCGCGGCCGCAUCCGCGAUGUCCUACCCAACCUCGACCUCGGAAGAUGGCCGGCGGGAUCCAAGAACUCCAUCACAGAUGUCCCCGGCGUCCUCGCCUCAACGCAGAGCAUCCGCACAGAGGCGGGAGUCAACACGGGCGUAACAGUCAUCCUCCCUCGCAGGGAAUGGUUCAAGGAGGCCUGCUAUGCCGGAAUCUUCCGCUUCAACGGCUCCGGAGAGCUGACCGGAUCCCACUGGAUCGAGGAGACCGGUCUCCUCGCCAGCCCCAUCGUGCUGACCAACUCUUUCUCGGUGGGCGACGCAUACCGCGGCAUCUAUGAGUACGCCAUCAAGCACUACUCCAACGAGAACGGAGAGAUCGAAUGGUUCCUGCUGCCCGUCGUCGGCGAGACCUUUGACGGGUUCCUCAACGACAUCUCCAAGUUGGCCGUAACAUCCGCACACGUCGCCAAGGGAAUCGAGUCCGUGACGGACGACCCCGUGCCCGAGGGCAACACAGGCGGCGGCACAGGCAUGAUCUGCCACUGGUUCAAGGGCGGCACCGGAUCCUCGUCCCGCAUCGUGCCGGGGAUCGACGGCGAGGGCAAGGAGACGAGCUACACCGUCGCCGCCCUCGUGCAGGCCAACUACGGCAGGGCGGCCCACCUCCGCAUCGGCGGCUUCCCCGUCGGCCGCACCCUCGCAAAGGAGAAGAAGGAUACG